AUGGGCCAAAAGCUAGUCGUAGAGCUUCUGGGGUACGGGUACCGGGAGGAACCUGUCUAUCCACAUGUCCACAACGAAGAAAACACCAUAUGCUAUGACGCUGGUGGUGGCUAUUUCAUUUCCUUAGACGCCGACGAUCAUAUGCAAAGCUCUCCUGGGCCACAAGGAGAGACAUUUGAAGCAUCAACCAACGUCCUAAGCCUCACCGUGGCGAACUGGAUUCACGAGAACAGAUCAUACAUCCUACGCUUAGCCGAACAGUCGGUCAAUGCCCCGAGAAUCAAAGAUCCUUUCGAAGUAUUUGUCGGCAGAAACAAAACUACCCUACGUUUUCGACUACCAGAGAAAUACCCUGGCGGACGCACCCAGUUCCUACGUUGUGUCAAAUGUGUGAUGGACAACCCAUAUCAAUUUGGUAUCGUCAAUAUGCAUUUUGGUAACCUAGCAAUCACAAAAUUUGUGAACGCGCUCAACAAUGACUUCCGUGCCAAUGGAUCGACUCUUGUUUGGUCGAUCAAAAAGAAAGCUCGUGGUGCGUACCAGGGAAAAUGGGCGAACGCCAGAGGUGUCUCUGGGCGAAUUUUCUUUCGUUUUAGCUUCGGGACGUCCGAUGCAGAGAAACUGGCUCUUGAAGUUGACACCACCAAUCCUGAAUAUCGGGAACUCUCAGGAGGCAACCCAGACGUGUUCAUGCGAGCCAUGAGCUUCCCAUUUGGGGUGUUGGUCGAGCUGAAGGCGUCCGCAGCGCUCACGGGGAACAACAUUCUCGGGAAUACCAAAUCUCGUCAUCCCCCUGGAGAUAUACAGGAAGAAGGGGAGGUGGCCCCUAUUGGGAUAGAUGAAAGUAGUCAACGGCUGCCAAUCACAAGUUUCAAUACUUCUGAAAAGAUCGAACGGGAUACUCAGGAGAUCAAGAAGAAGAUGAAGCAGGUUGAAGGAGAUCGUGCGCAAACAGACAAGGAUGUGCAAGGCUCGGCGCAUGAGCAAGCACCUGCACCGCAUGAUCCACCAACUGUUGACGAUGGGAGUGAGUCUCAUGAACGUGAUGAGGAACUGAUUUCCUCGUCGAGUCAUGUCGAUAUACAGACCGACCAAUCCGCAUGGUCUGUCCGUUCGUCUCCCCCUCCUCUCGACAACCAUUGCCGACUCCUAAGUCGGGAAAUUCGGACGAAUCGGCACGUCCAGGUAAGAGAUAAUUUCCCCUAA